AUGAAUAUUCCACCAUUAUCAUCAUUAACUGAUAUUGGACAUCAAUCAAAACGACCUUCAAAUAUAGCUCGUUUUCGUAAUCGAUAUCGACAAAUGUUGGUUUCAACAAAACAGCAUAAUCUUUUGAGACGUCGAUUUCGUAAAUCAACAACGUGUGAUAUAUCAUCCGAUGAGAUUCUUCCCGAUGAAAAUAACUUGGAAUCUUCUAAAUCGACGCCAAUGAAUCGAAUGCGCCACAGUGGUAUGAGACGUUUUUCUCUGGUUAAACUUGAGCUACCAACCGAAGAUUCAAAUACAUCACUCACAGAUGAUUCAAAAGGUUCAAUUCCAUCAUCAAGCCCGAAUCUGAUCCAAAAAUUACUUUUUCGGCAAUUUAGUCCGAAAACUCGUCCUUAUUCUACAGGAGUUUCUUCUGAUGAUAAUGCUUCGUCGUCAACGGUGUCCAACGAUACACUUCAGAGUUAUGCCAGUUCUGGUCGACGAAUAACAACACCAACAGCACCAAAACAUUCAUGGUCUAACUCAUCACCUUCAAACAAUUCUAAGCAAAGUGUUGACACAAAAGAAAGUUUAUUAGCUCCACCAAGUACAAUAUUAUCAAAAAAUCAACAAUCAGAUUUAACAUCGUAUUUAUCUCGACGACGUAAUACAACUGGAAGUAUUUCCAUAAAUAAAAUUGUUGAUUUAAAGAAUACUUCAAGUGGAAAUACACUGAAGUUAAGUUCCGGUUCUGCAUUAGGUAGUUCAAGCAAGUUAUCAACUGAAAAUAUUUUUCAAACUGUUGAAGAUUCAGAUUUAUUUACAACAAAACAACUUUUACAAGUCAAUGAAAGUUUUGCUAAUUCGUAUAAUGAAUAUGAUUGGUGUCCAUUGGAUAUUGCUAUCAUGUUAAAUAAUAUUCCCAUGAUUCAACUUCUUGUAGAAUAUGGUGGCGAAGAAAGUGCAAGAAUUCAAUCUGAAGAAUGUCGUUAUCAAAGUGUUUGCCAUCAAUUAUCAAUGCUUUCUCAACAGAAUUGCGAUGAAACUAUAAAAAAAUCUUCGUCAAACAAAUUAACCACGGAUGAUGCUCAAUUUCGUCGUUCAUCUCCGUCAAAUGAUACUCAACAACGUCAUCGUCGAAUAAGUAAAGGCCAACAAGAACAAUUACAAAUACAGCAACAACAACAACAACAACUUUAUCAGCAACGUACAUUAACUUUGACACAAAUGAAAGACAAUUAUGAACAAGCAGGUACAAAUCGUAAUUUGAAAAAAAAAAGAAUGGACGGUAAUAAAAAAUUUCGUUCUCGAGCUUUAAUUGUUAAAGCUGCUCUUCGAUUUGUAACAAAACCACGUCAAAAGAAUUCCCUUUCUGGUGAAAGUCUUCAACGUGAUAGUCUUUCAUCAUCAGCAUCAUCAUUAAAUGCACCAAAUUCAUCCAAAGAUUUUUAUUAUCAUCAAGAAAAAUAUCAAAAGCGUAUUCCGGAUGCUCCAACAAAUGUUCGCCUCAUGGUUACUGGUUCAAAUAGUAUCACUGUUACAUAUGACGAACCACAUAGAUCUAAUGGAGCCAUGGUCAUUAAAUAUAAAAUCGAAUGGUGCACAAAUGAAAAUUUUAAUGAAAGCUCUCCGCCUGAGUGUGUUGUUCAUAGUGAUAUUGUUAAAAAUUGUUUUUUUCGUGAAUAUGUUAUUCGAGAUUUACCUAUUGGACAGAAAUGUUAUGUACGUGUAUCAGCUGGAAAUAUACGUGGCUUUGGUCAGCCAGCUAUAGCCAAUCCACGUUACUGCGUUCCAUCGAGCUGGCGUGAAUUUUCAAAAACAUCACGUCCGAACGUAUGUGAUUUACGUUUUGAAGAAAUUCUUAAUAAAAUGCGUCCGGAAAAAAUUGUUAAUGAACGCGGAAGUAUUGGUACAGCAUUAUCAAGUUCUUAUAAUUCAAAUAGUGGGACUAUUGAUGGAAAUGGUAAGUAUUCAUUGAUUAAAUGCUACAGGUCAUUAUAAUAGAAAAUACAACAUAUGCAUAUAUUAAAAAAGAAGAUAUGAAUUGCUAAGAAUAUUUAAUAGGACUUCACAGUGUUUUCUUUAAACAGUUUGAUAUACGCAAAAGAAUAAUUCAUUCUAACGAGGGAAGGUCACCAAGUGUUCAAUCGCUUUUGCGUUGAAACUACUUACAUUAUGUAGCUUCCAAGGAGUUAUGAAGACACUGAAAAUAUUUUGGGCGGAUAGCUUAUUGUUACGAAAACAGACCAUUUCUAAGGUAUGGGUUUUAGUGAGAGUCUGGGGCCCCCCUCAGGA